AUCACCGCUGAGGAGUCGGAGGAUGAGCCACUGUCCAGAGAGGAGCGAGCGGAUGCCCGGCUCGGCGAGCGGGAUGCGGCAGAAGGGAACAAGGAAGGGGCCGUACCUGAAGAGGCUAAAGGCGAUGGGCAGAGAGCUGGGGAGGAGGCAGAGCAGCCGGACCGAACGCCUGUGUUGAGUAACAAGCCACGAAAGAAAAAAAAGAAAAGGAAAACCAAGAAAACCUCAGCAGGAGACGCUCUGGAAGACGACGACCUGGAAGACAUCGACAGCCUGCUGGAGAAGAUUGAGGAUACCAAUGGGCUAUCGCAGCAAACCCAGAGCGGAAUAAUCGCCGACAGCAGGCCGCUGCUCUACGUAGAGCACAGAAACUUGAAUCCGGAGAACGAGUUGAAGAGAUACUUUGGGGCUCGCGCUGUUCUUGGUGAUCAGAGGCCAAGACAAAGGCAGCGUCAGUACGUCCGCAGCACGUGGCUGACAGCUCCCAAGAACACCUGGCCGCGCUACAGCAAAACAGGCAUUGCCAUGCAGCUGCUGGACACCAGGAGGGGAGUGCAGUACUUCACCUUCGAGCACCAUCGCGAGUACCAGCAAGUGCAGUUCAAGUUCCUGGACGCUGUAGAGUCCAUGGACCCCAACAACAUUGUGCUCAGCGACGUGUGCCGGAUGCAGGAGGAUCAGGAGAUGGCACGUGAUCUCAUAG